AACACGUGGAGUCUAUCGUCGAAAUUUCGAACAUUUUCUUAUACAAUUGAGGUCGUAGUUCGAAUCCCCUUUUGUUUGUGGGUUUUCUUCAUAUGAUUUAUAUCCGCAGUUCCAAAACUUAAAUAUACGUAAUAAAUCUCGACCUUACAUUACCUUUUAGAACUAAUGUAUAGAAAAUUUAAUGAAACAGUGUCAAACAUUUGGUCUUUAAACAUGAAUGUAAACCAAAUGAAACUGAAAUCGAUGAACUGUAAACAUUAAAGUGUAAGUGAAAAAGAGAAAAAAAAAUGUGCUGUGUAUCAAAAAAAAGAUAAAAGUGAGUGUUCUAAAAUGUAUACGUGGCGUUGACUGUGAAUGUUAAAAAAAUGUUAAGUCGAUGGAAAAGCAAAGACAAGUCGGAGAAAUCCGGCAAGUCUUCAAAUACAAGCGGAAAGAAGAAGAGAAAGGGACGGGAAAAUGAAGAAGACUGGCAAGGAGACCCGAGAAUUGAUGGGGGAGUAUCUGAUGGAGAAGCCAGAGGGCCGCCUCGAGGCCGAUCUAGCCGUCGCGAAGAUCCACGGCGUCACACUCUGGCAGGCAACCACGACAUCUUUAUGCAUCCUCACCACCAGUCAGGCCUUAGUAGCAAUACAAUCCAUAUGGAGAAAUACAACAAAGUACAGGCGCUAGUCAACAUGCCUGAGUAUGCGACGGUAAACAAAAAUCGCGACACGAAGACGAACCGAAGCCUAGUUCGAAUGAAAAAGCCCAUGAUGAUAGAAUAUCAGCCUUCGAGCCUUUCUCUAUUUGAAGAUGACCCCGGCGUUAUGUCGGAGGUCGAAACUUCUUCUACUGGAUUUAGGCGUGGUGGGAAGCAAAGGUCUUCCCUUCCGGUUGUUCGGACUCCAAGCAAGACCCUCGAAAGACCUUUGGGUUUAGUGUUUCUACAGUACAGAAGCGAGACAAAGCGAGCCCUGUUGCCCAACGAAAUCACCUCAAUAGAUACUGUGAAAGCACUUUUUGUGCGAAGUUUCUCGAAGCAGUUGACAAUGCAAUACAUGGACAGUGCCCAUGUAAAGAUCUACAUCCACGACUCUUCAAAGGAUAUGUUUUAUGAGUUAGAAGAUGUGAGGGCUCAUCUACGGGAUAUUCGAGAUAGGUCAGUACUUCGCCUGUUUGAAGCUGCUGACAUUGGAGGUGGAGUAUUCCCCGGUGCAGUGGGCGUGGGAUCUGUGCCGAUGCCGCCGGGCGCUACCGACUCUUCUUCUUCUUCUUUGCUCUGGGAUCAGAGAGGCGAUUGCGAGCAGAGUUAUUUCAGUGAGCCUGAAAUAGAUUCCGACUACCACCACCAGCACGUUCACAACAAGAACAAAAUAAAGGCGCCUGCAUACUACAUGGGUCAAUCGACACCCAGUACUCUACCACGAGGGGGUUCCCUCAUGAGAGCCUUCUCGCCGGCCGCACCUGUACCAGCAGAUCGAGUUAAACCUCCAGGUUCCAUCGCGCCAUCCAAACCAGUGCGCUCAUACUUGCCCAGGAGUGGUUCGGAGCGGUGUUUUCCUGCAGUUUUUGCUGCCGCUGAAUGCCCCCGCGCGCAUUCAAGCGAUGGCUAUAUGUCAUCCCCUGAGCGUGUCGCACCCCGUGCACCCUACGAGGACCCGUACUACACCCAAUUCCUCGCCCCUGCAGCUGGCAGAGGUCCGAUCGCACCUGUCAUUGACGAAGAAGCAAACGAAACCGUCAUUAUUGAUGAGACAUACCAGAUGUACGGUGUGAACGCGAUCACAACGGCGCCACGACCUAUGCCCCGCCCGCCAUACGAUGCCAGACUGGGUGCGCCUGUUGACGACAUGCAAAGACUUCGCGUAGAAAAAAUGGAACGACAACUCGCGAAUCUUACUGGACUUGUUCAGAAAGCACUGCAGGUGCCAGGUCCCGCUCCGCCUCCUGUUACUCCCAGGGAAGACUACCAGGCAUACCCUUCUACAUCGAGAGGAACAACUCAGGAUGCCGCGCGAUUUGCCAGCAACGAGAGACCUCCCAAAUUAGGGAGGGACAGAUUUCAAAAAUCAGUAUCAUUUGAGAAAUCAGUAUCCUUUAGUGAUGAUCCACCAGACAUGAACUCUCCAAAACAGCACUCGCCACAGCAUUCAGCUGAUACAAAACCAACAAAACCGGCAAUCAAGUCAUCAACAUUGCCGAGGACUUCAUCACAAGAACGCGACCGUCUCAAACCGGCCCCUCCUCCAAAACCGGCUGGUCUAGCGAGCCAACAAAUGGCACUGGCUCCACAAAAGAACUACACAUUAAAUGUGACUCCUGAUUAUUUCAAUCAACUACGCAUUCUGCAAAAGCAAAGCCGUGAUCUCCGAAUUGAGACACGCAAUUUACGUCGAUCAACUUUGUCACAUUCUAUCCAAAUGAGGCAAAUGAUGGCAGAAACUAUUGUCAAGAUCGGCGCUAUUGCAGCCACGUUUUCCGAAGAAGAUCCGGAUUCGCAGUUGGCACGGGAAGAAGAGAUCUACCGUCAAGAUAUGCUGCUUCUGGAGAAUGAUUUGUACGAGCUCGAAGCUACCGUGGAACGUUUACGCGGUCAAGCUGCAAACAGGGAAACGCGAGUUAACAUGGCAGACAUCGAGCGCAUUGCUAUGGUGCUCUCUAAGAGCAGUAAAACGGUUGCCGAUUGGAAAUUAAAAUUCCCGAUUCUUCAGCAGACAAUGAAAGCCAAACUUGCCGCCGAGCUGGAGAAGGUGGUACGUAAAGAGAAGAUGCUUGAAGAUGAGCCCGAACGAUUGGAACUAGCUCUUCGCAGAUGCAAGAAACUUACUGGAACACUUGUCACUUUGAAAAGGUUGGCUUGCGUUCAAGAGCAACGCUUGCCUAUUACUGAUGGACGCGAUUCCCCAACCUCAUCGCAAAGCUCCACGGCCACCGCUGGACCCUCUUCUGAGGAAUACAAUUCGGAGAACGCUUGCGUUGCACCGAACUCAAACAAGGGUGGCGCCGCCGGGCGAGGCGCACCAGGCCGCGGAGCCUCGGACGUGCGACCCGAGAACGCCCUCGACGCGCUACUAGACGAGCUCCAGACCUUCGCCAAGCCGGCGGAGCGCGGCGGCCGCGGCGAAGGGCCGCUGCGGCGCCUGCACUCGUACCCCAGCGGCAGCGACACGGACGCGUCGCCGCCCGUGCGCGCGCGCGGCCAGCACCCGCCCAAGCCGCCCGUUCCCGAACGGCACCCCGAGCUGCUGGCGCUGGCCGUUCGCCGCGCGCCGCCGCCGCCGCCGCCGCGCACCACCUCCCGCUCCCCCCUCGCCUCGCCCACCUCGCCCACUUCGCCCUCCUCGCCCUCAACGCCGCCCGCGCUUCACUCCGAUCCCGCCGAUCCCAACGACGAGAAAAACGCAUCGCGCCAGGCUCUCCUCGAACACCGCCACCAGGAGCUCCUAAAGAAGCAAAGGGCACUCCAGGAGCAGUAUGCCCGCUUGCAAAUGAUCCAGCGCAGUGGUCCUACGCUGCCACCGAACGCGCAACCCGAUUUAAAGAAAACUGGAAGCGAAUCUAACCUUCUUACCAAAAUGAAUUUAAAUCUAGCGCCGGCGAACAUUUCCGGAAGCAUGACCCACCUUGCCAGUGACUGCGACAAAAACAGAAACGACACUAAUCCUGAAAAAUGCAGUUUACAGUUGCAAGCGCCUGAUGCAGCUGCUACUACUAAUAAAGUUUACGAGACUGACAUUCUGUGACCGUGUCAAUUUAGUUUUAUAUCUUUCUAAGUUAAUUUAGGUGAAAUUAAAUGUUUAAUUUUUAUAUUUACAACAUUGAGUUAGGAUUUCUUCGAAUGUAAUAAUACGCAAAACUUUUUGUUAUUCUUUCAACCGAUUUAUAUGAUAAAAGAAUAAUUUUAUGAUUCGAAUUUAGAAUUGUUUUGGUUGACAUAGGUACUUAUUAGGUCAGCCUCAAUAAUGCUUUCUUGGCAUAUUCCCGGUUCAAUACCCCCUAAACAACACGGCAAGAAUAACGGAAUAUCGAACUAAAUAUCAUUACACGAUUAUAUUAUUAAAAAAAAAAAAAAUACAACAUAAUAUAUUAAUGUCAGAUUAGAUAAUAUAGUUACUCUGUGUGUUAUAUGAAAUAUAUAGAUGUCAACUUUAAUAACAUCCCUUACUAGCACUCGGUCGGAACACGACUUGAUAAAUAGAAAAUUACUUAAUGGAAAAAAAAAUUAUUGUGAUGCUUAUUCAUCUUUGUGAAAGAGAUAGUUAGAAGUUAGACCUAUUUCCUGUCCUAAUCGAUUUUGAAUAAAUGUGUCUCAAAUGAAUGAAAAUCAAUCCUUUCCAAUAAAUAUUACUAGAACCGUUAUCCAUCGAGAGGUAGAGUUCAAGCAACAGACAAUUAUUUACAGACACACACACACUCAAAUUGUUGUGGUGCAUUUUCUCGUUAUCUUUACCCUCUUUUUUACUGUAUAUAAUUAAUUAAUGGAACUCAAUAUUUAACCUAGCCCCUAAAAUUUCUACUAAACCUUAGGUAUUUUAUUACUAUGAUGUGCCAAACUCAUUCAGAAACAAAUCCCCUUUUCUUUUUUAUUCCACAAAAAAACUG